AUGUCUCGCGGCUUCAGCGGUAGGACGUGCUCCGAAUACUUCUUGUAUGUUGCUUUAUCCAGCUUAUCAAUGGAAAGCCAUCAGUUGCCACAUCUGCUGCUGGAGUGCCUGGUUUUGCUGUUGAACCUGUUGGUUCUUAUGUUGGACCUGUAG